AUGAACUUCUUGGCCAAACACUUCUUCGACUAUCAGUCCUUCGUCAACUUGCCACAGAAGGCCGUCCAGCUACACAAAACUGUGAGCUUAUUCAGUUUUCGAUAAUGUAACAGCAUGUUAUUGUAGGUUAAGACUCCAUUUUAUAGAUUAAACGAAUAUUCAUACCUAAAAUACGUUAGUUUUUGUUAAAACUUUGAAGUUUUUUGAAUUAUUUUAAUGAUUACUGUAACUUCUUUUUAAUUUUAGCCUUACUCUGAAGCCGGAAUAGAUCCGUCAGCAGCAUGGGCACCCAAGAAUAUGCAGGUUCAGGGCAAGAACAUGGCUACACCUGGGGCCAGAGCCAAUCGGAACAACAUCGAGCAUCGUCCUGGUUGUCAUCGACAUGGCAGACCUAGCAAACUCGAGAAUCGACGGUGGGGGGAGCGACGGAGUGGUGGGUCAAAACAUUUUUAAACGUCUUUGAGUAUACUAAUUUUACCUUUAGGUAAUACUUCAGGCUCAAAGUUAUUCAAAAAAAAUUAAUUUCAAUAUUAAAAUAGUGCCAUUUCAGAACUGAAGGACGAGCGAGUGGUACCCCACAAAGAUGAGUGGAUGUCAUCCUUGGACGGUGACUUCAAGCACUUCCAGGAGGAAUCAGAAGAGGAAGAAGACGUUCUAGAAUACAUCCCCAAGUGCCUGAGGGUAAGGUCUAGUAGGUAUUGUCUUUACACUCUUUGCAGAACAAAACUCUGUUAGAUGCACAGAUUCUUGUCAUAAUGACAUUGACAUCACGGCUUGAGUUUGUCACGUUGACCAUCAAGAAGGUGCGCGGAAUGAAACACCUCAAAAGUGGGUUUACAAUAAGUUACUGUUGUCAUUAUGCACGUGGAUAUGUUAACUCAUUUGUCUUAUUACCUAAAUAACUUUAGUAAUUGUAAAUUAUGAAUUAACAAUGUAAAAUAUGUUUUAGAUCCGUUUGUAAGAAUGCGUCACUACGAUGGCAUAGCACUGAUUGAAGAACGAACGAGUACGAUACAAGAGCUCGAGGUUACUGUAAGCGAUACUACAGGAAGUGGUGGACCUUCACGGUAUGUUCACAGUCUCAAAGUAAAAAGACUAUUAAAUUAACAUACCUUAAGACAAUAAAGUAAAUAAUAUAACAGUCACUAGUUAUUAAACACGACUAUUAUGGUCAGUACUCACGCAUAAUAAACGUCCAACAUGGUAGGCAAAGUAUAUUACCGUUUUACAGACCCCCAUCCAGCCCUCAGUUGAGGUCGAACCACGUUAACAGAGGCAAUCUACAGCGUCGUGCCUUCUCACGGCAAGGUUCAGAGAGGACAAACGAAGGGAGAGAGUUCGGCAUCAACGAGUCCUUCUUGUUGAUGGUGAAUCCACACAGACUCAAAUCGUCGUAUGUUAUCAUACAGGUAAUUUUACCAUUGUUAAGGAAUUGUAGUAUGUUGAGGUACUUUUGUAAUUAUGUUGACUGUUAAAUAGCUUUCAUAACAUAGGUAUGGUACUACAAUUUAAACUGUAUAUCCAAAGUAUGAUCUCAUCGUAUAUUCAGGUGUUCGCAUCCAGAUUCUUGACGAUGAAGCGGGAAAACCCCGAGAAUCCUUCGGAAAGCGUGAUCAUCGUGGAAGAACUGAUCGAAGAAGUCGGCGUCUGUGUGAUUGGAGCUUCUAAAGUAUCGUCACGUGGCCUGUACCAUUGGAAGCAGAUGAUCAACAAGCACGGUCACCCUGUCUGUGCCUGGCAUUACCUAUUCGGAGCUCUACCUCACGAUGAAGUCACUCAAGAAGUCAUGAAUGCAGAGAUUCAGAAUCCAGAAACACGGGUCCCGUAG